GGUAGCUGAAGUAUUUCGAUUCUCUUCCGAACCUGCCCCACAUUCGACAAUACACAGACACAGCUCUUCGAUCGCCGCAGAUACCGCCAAUGCAAGGCAACAGUACCAAGCAGACGCAUGGCAGGCGAACGAGCAAGCUACGAAAAACACGACAUCGGACGGGAACGGAAACGAAACAGUUGGCCAUAGCCGAGCUGGCGUUAAGAGAAAUCGAUUUUGCUGUACUGUACCAAGCGCUGCGGGAAUCAAAAUGGCGUUGGCAACAUUGCGCUGAUGCUCAUCCCACCUCUGCCACCCAAGCACGUGCCACCAAUGCUGAAAUAAUAUUCCAUUGCCAUCCACCUUGCACCGGCGCUCGACGUAGAGAAACCCCUCGAAUCACUUCUCAUUUCAAUACUCGAACUACAACAGUGCCCCGAGCAGCAAGAAACAAUAGCCACGUAGCAGCUGCUCGAUUAAAGACUCACCGGGAAACGGCUGCGAUGCAUAGGUCCACACAGUAG